AUGAAGCUCCUGUGGAUUUUGAGUGUUGCGUUAUUGGCGUUAAUUUCAAGACUGGCUCAUGUUGAAGCUCAAGCCUGUGGUUCCCGUCUCCGUAAGGAUUGGGACAUGCUGACAGCGACGGAGAAGACGACGUACCAGAAUGCCAUCCGUGCUUCCAUGGACUCGGGUGCCUAUAUCAAAUUCGUCGAAAUGCACACGGAAAUGAGAUCCGAGAUGGAAGCUCAUCAACAGUGUAUGUUCAUCUACUGGCACCGUUUGCUGCUAAUUGCUUUCGAGAACAUGCUUCGUGGCCAAGGUGCUGCCUACGCAUGUGUCACCGUGCCGUACUUCAAUUGGAUCGUUGCGAGUGCACGAGUCACUUCGGGCGCUUGUAAUUCGUUUGGCAACUGCUUGGACAUCACAAGAGAGCUGGGUGGCUUCACCAGUGGCACACAACGUACAUUAAACAUCAACGGUGUUGACAACUCGGGACGAUGCAUUAAUACUCCCCCUCUGGAUCGCUUUUGCGAACGUAGUUCGCUUACGGGUACUGCGUGUGCCCGGUGUGUUCCUCGCAGUGACUGGUCGACAGUCCGAGUGCCUAGCAGUGCGAGCUAUGCUUCCGUUCGAGCGCAAGUCUUUAACGGUGCCAACAUCGGCGAGAUGGCGUCACUGGUCGAGCGAGGCUGCCACAACAAUGUGCACGCCAACUUGGACGGUACCAUGGGCACUUUUGCAUCUCCUGCCGACCCAAUCUUUUGGUCGCACCACGCUACAGUCGACUUGCUGCACGUGGUCUUCCACAAGUGCCGUGUCGGAACGAACCGUCUUACUUUCGAGCAGAAGGCAUCACAUCCUGUUGCUUGGAUGUCGUGCGCUCGUCGUGACUCGGGCAUUUUUCGUCCGACCGACACGCUAACCAUGCGACCCGGUGAGGAGGGCAUCAAUUCGAUCCCAGGAUCGAGUGACCCUCUAUUGGGCAGGUUUUUCGCAGGAGUCCCGAACCAAUUUGCUGGUCUAAUGGAUAUUCGCGACCUUGGCACGAGCAGCUACGGAUACGCUAUCACCGGCCAGAUAGCAACAAUGUACAGUCAGUGCGAUGCCUCGCCGACAUCUCGUAGGCUGAAGGAGACGGCUGCGACAAACACCAGUUCGACAUCGGUUAUGUGCGGCGUCGCUGUAGAUGCCGAUAGUGGAAAUGGAAACAACCACGCCUCGCAGAACAAUUUCCCAGAGACAGAUUACACUGGUGAGGAUGACGGCCACAAGGAUGUCGUCAUUGUUGACGGAUCGGGCAACCCGAUCGAUGCUGAUACGCCGAGAGAAGCCUAUUGCUCAGAUAAGUCGGAGAAACGUAUGGUGGACUGGUACGACGCGACUCUCGACGCCAUGGGUGGCGAUUCGCACGAAAACAUGGACGACAUUGAGCGCCAAGCUUGCAUGUUUGAGGACCAAUGUUUAGGUGGAACGAAGGACUACUCACCCGAGUUCAAGGCCCUUUGGAAAGUCAAGGAACCACGUUGUAAGACUAUCGUGGACGCCAUCAACAACAGGUCGCAAUCAAUUCAGUAUGAAUCGUGGCGCGAGAACAUGGAGGCUCGUUUUGGUUGCCCGGAGCCGACGGGCUCGACGGACGGUAAUUCCUACAGAAGUUCGCUGCGUUCGUCUACAAUGGAGUCCCAAGAGUCGAACGAUAUGAAUCAAUUGCUCGAUCUUUUACGCAAGGUUGAUCCAACAACGAUCAGCACAAUGGAUAACUAA